AUAUUGCAUCUCUGGUGGUCGAUUUUUCCCCGUGAAUUCUCGAUCGCAUCCUUUUUCGAUCGGCCUUUUGAUGGAUUGUAUUCUCUUCCCCGUUUGAUAUGGUCGAUUUUUUGCUCGAGGGAAAGCGAGAUCUGUAAAUUGAUUUCUCAGAUCUGUAAUCCUUGUCGCGUACGCUCUUCUGAUAGAAAAGUGAAAAAAUAGCGAGAAAUCUGGGAACUGGAUCAUUUGGAGAUAGGCCUCGCUUGAUCUGUUGUUGUUGAUGAUGCAAUAUAACAUCUGAUUGUCGAAGAUCUAGCUAAAUUUUAUUCUCUGCUUAGACUUGAUGUUUUCUCUUGAGAUCAUACAAGAGAGAAUACCAAGACACAUGGGAUCAAAGCUAAGGCAUUUCUGGUUCCAUUGGUUUUCUUUAUUUUUCUCACUAACCGAAUUAAUUUUGUAUAUUUUGUGUUUCAUUUAGAGAAAAUGGUGGUGGAGGCAACGCUCUCCGCUAUUGGCAAUUAGAAAUGAUUGGUCAGCGAGAAGAACAAAAUACAGAGAACACAAGAUAGAACCAGAGAUGCUUGUUCUGAUCCGACAAACAAAUCGUUUGAUAUACUGCCCUUUGUAUGAGCUCGAGAGAAAACAUCAAGGAAGUUUCGAUGGGAGAAAAGAGAGUAUAUCAAAACUAAGGCAUCUCUGAUUCCAUCUUAUGUUCUCUGUAUUGUUCUCGCUAACAGAAUCAAUUUUGUGUGUUUUGUGUUCCAUUUACAGUAGAAAUGUCAAAAUGGUUGCCAAUGGCGGAGGUCCGCCUAGAGGCAGCGCAGCGGCAGCUGCUAGCUUGCGCCGGAGGAGGCCAGGCGGUGCAGCUGGUGCAGCAGCCGGCGGAGGCGCCAGCACGAUGCUCCAGUUCUACACCGACGAUGCUACAGGGGCCAAAAUGUCGCCCAAUACGGUUCUCUUCAUGAGUAUUGGAUUCAUUGCGGUUGUUGCUCUCCUCCAUGUCUUCGGUAAGCUUUACUUGGCUCGCCAUUAGAGGAGAUCCAAGUGUUUACUUUUGUCGAGAAAUGAUCUAACCAAAAAGAUUUGUCAUGAAAGACCAUGACAAGUCCCCUCUACUUCCAUUUGAUUUGAUGUGGAUGAACAUUGUCUUGGAAUCUUGUAUUUCUACUGGAUCAGAUUGAUUGUGGUGAUCUUCUUAACUCGGACUCAAAUAUUUUGUUAUUUGGGUCAUUCAA